CAUGGGCCCCGCCAUGCCCACGGCAGCGCAGCUGGCCGCUGCAGCGUCGCUCACCCGCGCCGUGGAGGAGAUGGAGGAGGCGGAGCAGGCGCUGCAGGAGAGCCCAUUUGUGGGCCCCAUGCCGCCCGCCCUGGCUGCUGAAGCAGCCAACGCGACCCAGGCGGAGAAAUACGAGGAGGUGGAGCGCAUUCUUGACCCAGAGCUGACUGCGUACGCUAUCUUGGGGGUAACGCCUGCUGCGGGCGACAGCGAGAUUAAGAAGCGCUACUGGAAAGCAUCGCUGCUGGUGCAUCCGGACAAGUGCAGCCACCCGCGCGCGCAGGAGGCGUUUCUGCGGCUGAACGACGCCGUGAACCGACUCAAGGACCCCAGUAAGAGAUCGGUGGUGGAUGCGGAGAUUGCAGCCAGGGAGGAGCGCAAAGAAAUGGAGGCGGAGCUAAAGGCGUUGAGGGAGGCAGCAGAGUGGCGCAAGCUCAGAGGCGAGGCUCUGCCCGGGGAUGACGAGCUGCUGGGGACAGUGAGGAGGGAGGGAGUGGAGCGCGAGACAUGGAUGACAGAGCUGCCCCCCGAACGACAGGCGGGCCCGCCAGCUCAGACCAACACAUUCUUCAGUCGCAGUGACAAGGUGGGGCGGGGCGACACGUCAGCAUGGACCGACAACCCCGAGCAGCGAGCUGCCAGGGCCAAGCAACAGUACCUCGAGGCCUAUUCCUCUGCUGCCAAUGCGCUGGAAGGCCCUUCUGCUGACUCAGCCGCCACCCUGCAGUCACUACAGGACAAGCGCACGGCGGCACUACGAGUUCUCAUUGUGGAGAAGUUUUAUAGCAGGGAAGAAAGCUGA